AUGGUCGGACGUACUGGAUUAGCAGUAGCGAAAGCGCUACUGGCACGGCAUUGCCGUAAACUCAAGGUUUUGGCAGAAGAAUGUGAGGCGGCAAAGGAGAGCUUUAAUGAUGAAAGGGAAGACUGCAUCCAAAGCAAAGCGAUUGAGUUAGAAGAAAUGACGAAAUUAACUUCGACAAGCUUGUCGAAAUUUGCGGAGGUUGUGGACUCUAUGAGUGAAGACAGAGGAGCAAGAUCAGGAGAUUAUCUGGAAGAGGCUCAGGCAGCGAUUGAUCAUGCCGAAACUGUCACAAUUCAACUGGAACCUUUGAGAAAGUGUCUUGAACUUGUCAAAAACGCAAAAACGUCCAACACAACUACUCUCAGCAUGUCGAAACCUCUGUCCAAGUUUACUGUUGAAGUCCAACGCAAAGUGCUCCAACAUUACCUCACUCCGGGAAUGCUGGAAGAAGAAUGGCAAAUGAGGGAUACCAUUGCAGCCCUAGACGAAUGCUUAUCAAUGGAAGAAAGGAUCAAUGAAAUGAUUUCAUUUAGCACCGAAGGAAGAGCGGUCUUCAACUCGGGAAAAACCAGGAUGGGACACACCAGAGAGAAUGACUCCACGACAGCUUGCAUGUUUUGUAAUUCCACGGAUCAUAAGACAGCCACGUGCACAAGAGUUAGAUCUCAGAAAGACGCCGAAUUUUUCAAGAAUCCGAGAGAUGUUUGA